AUGAUUACCACUAUCGUAAUUGUAUUGGUUGUUUUAUAUUUUGCUAAAGAUUUAAUAACUGACAUCUUUCAAUCCAAUGAAGUCGAUCCAUUGGAAGCUGGUGUUAAAGAUGCAGCUGUUGUUGAAGGUAAGUUCACUCCUUUAACUUUAAAGAAAUAUAAUGGUUCUGAUCAUCCAAAAAUCUUUAUGGCUGUCAAAGGUAAGGUAUACGACGUAAGUCAGGGUGCUAGUUUUUAUGGUCCAGGAGGUCCCUAUGAGAAUUUCGCUGGUAGAGAUGCUUCUAGGGGUUUAGCUAAGAAUUCUUUUGAUUUAAACAUGUUGACUCCUUUGGAUCAACCAAUUGACGACUUGAAAGACUUGACUAAAGAGGAAAUUGAAAGUUUAGAAAGUUGGGAAGAACAUUUCGAAAUGAAGUAUAAAAUAGUUGGUACUUUGAAUGAACCCCAAGAAUAA